UUUAAGGUGUCAAAUUUCGCAAUGGCGGGAGUAGAGAAGCAAGAGAGAGUUGUUGUAAAUGGAGGCAAAAAGGAAGAAGAAGAAGAGAUGCUGUUGGAAGGAAUGGCGGUGUUGGAUUUCGACAUGCUAUGUUCGACGGUGGCUUUGCAAACCCAGGGCAAAUGGAGGAAACUCGAAAACGCCGAGGAUCCUUUAGAACAAGGAAGCGGAGAUUUCGGUGGCGUUUUCAGGAUGUGGGAAGGUGAAGUUGUUCUUGAUUUCUUGGAUGACCGCCGUUUCGCACUCGAAUCUGCAUGCUGUCCCUGCUACAGAUUUGGGAAGAACAUGCGACGGGCUGGUUUCGGGUUUUGUUUUCUUCAGGGAACUGUUCAUUUCAUCCUUGCAGCCACUGCUAUUCUCAACUUUGUUGCCUUUAUCGUCACCAAGCGGAAUUGUUUUUUGUAUGUGGGUGUUGCUUUCAUCGUGUCUGUUGGAGCAUAUCUGGGUUUCUUCCGUACACGGAUAAAAAGAAAGUUCAAUAUUAGGGGAGAUGAGAGCUUAUUGGAUGAUUGCUUCUACCAUCUUAUCUGCCCUUGCUGUACACUAUCCCAGGAAUCUAGAACACUGGAGAUGAACAAUGUCCAAGAUGGUACAUGGCAUGGUCGUGGGGAUAUAUGCAUAGGAAACAAUGCCGAAGGCAGUAAACCACUUUUUGAGCUACACCCUCCUCCUCAGUCAAUUAAGGCAUCUUAGCCUCAAAAUAGUUUAAAUGGAAAUGAUAAUGCUUGAACAUGACAAUUCAUUCUUUGAUGGAGGGAUGUUAAACAACCAGAAUAGACAGCAGAGCUAUUUUGGCUUGGAUCAUCGAAUCAUGCAACAACGAUGACCUAUUUUAUUUGAGAAGCAUAUCGGUGCUUCCAUGUGCA